AUGAAUGAUGAGAUAAAGCUUCUUCUUGUGGAGGGGAUAUGUGUUCAUGCUGGCAAAAGCUAUGAUGCAAUCAUAAUCCAAUGUGGUGCACCUAUUCUUAGCAGCAUGAUGCUUUCCAGAAUAUUAAAUAUGUGGCCUGCUUUUGCAAUCCCAGAACCACCACAAGAAACUAACAGUCUUGACAAUGACUGGUUAUUGAGACAUACCAUCAAGAAUCUUUCUGUACAACACAUAUUUGCCAAACAAAUGAGAAAUGUCACCAGUACACCAUCAGAAUAUUCAUUCCAAGCAGAAUUUGUCACUGUAAUCAAGCACCUGCUUGAAAUCGCUGAAUUGUUUGGUUGCGGUACUUAUACUAGCACCGUUGGUGAUGUUAUCCGUGAAAGCGGAAAGUGGCUUGCAAUAAAUGAGGACGAUCAUGCUGCUCAACUUUGCAAGAAUCGACAACCAAAAUGGGCUGCACUAACAAGCGAUGACUGUGUGAUAUAG